GGAGCCUAGCGUGCUUGUUGGCUUGCUUUCCGGCGGGUGUGCGAUCCAGGCGCCUUUACCAUCCCUUUCGCUGCUGCAGGACUGCAAGCCUGGCAUCUGGCCCCGGCGACGGCUCCGGUGUACCGAGACAGCAGAGCUCCCCGGAUCUGGACAUACGAGGUGACCUUGGUCUAGUCUUCUGUGGUGCCGAGUAGCGGCCCCCAUCCGUGCGCGGGGCCUGUGUAAAGACCCUCCUGUGAGUGCUUGAGGACACUGAGCUACCUCGGUGCCACUGGCAGUCCGGUGGCGGGGAGCAGCGGGCCGCCGUGGGGGGGGGCCGGAGGACAUGCCCCUCCAUGUAAAAUGGCCAUUCCCCACCGUGCCGCCGUUCACCUGGACCCUGGCCAGCAGCGUCGUCAUGGGCCUGGUGGGCACGUACAGCUGCUUCUGGACCAAGUAUAUGAACCAUCUCACCGUCCACAACAAGGAAGUGCUCUACGAACUCAUCGAAAACCGGGGGCCUGCCACCCCCCUCAUCACUGUCUCCAAUCACCAGUCCUGCAUGGAUGACCCUCAUCUCUGGGGGAUCCUGAAACUCCGCCAUAUCUGGAACCUGAAGUUGAUGCGUUGGACCCCGGCAGCUGCAGACAUCUGCUUCACUAAGGAGCUGCAUUCCCACUUCUUCAGCUUGGGCAAGUGCGUGCCUGUGUGCCGAGGAGACGGAGUAUACCAGAAGGGGAUGGACUUCAUUUUAGAGAAGCUCAACCAUGGGGACUGGGUGCACAUCUUCCCGGAAGGGAAAGUGAACAUGAGUUCCGAGUUCCUGCGCUUCAAGUGGGGAAUCGGACGCCUGAUUGCGGAGUGCCACCUGAAUCCCAUCAUCCUGCCUCUGUGGCAUGUUGGAAUGAAUGAUGUCCUUCCUAACAGCCCACCCUACUUCCCCCGCUUUGGACAGAAAAUCACCGUGCUGAUCGGGAAGCCCUUCAGUGCACUGCCUGUGCUUGAGCGGCUCCGGGCAGAGAACAAGUCAACAGUGGAGAUGCGCAAAGCUCUGACAGACUUCAUUCAAGAGGAAUUCCAGCGCCUGAAGACACAGGCGGAGCAGCUCCAUAACCACCUCCAGCCCAGGAGAUAGGUGUUGUCCCACCCAGCCCCUGGCUAGGAGUUCUCAGCUCCAGGAAGUGGCUGGAUCCUUCAAGGCACGGGAAGAGGCAGAGCUGGGACCUCAGUCCCAGCCUAGUUGGCUCUCAGCGCCACCAUUGGCUUUUGCCCUGCAUGAACCUGGGGCUGGAGGAUGGAUGCUGGUUUUAGCUAAGAUGUGGGUUUUUGCAAAUUGGCUCCUAACCACUACUGGAGGCUCUCUUCUAAUUGGUGAGCAUCUAGCUUCUGUAUGGUUCUUCAGUUAAAGGAAGGCCUCAGCUCUUCCUCCCACUUGUCUGAGAAGGCACGAAGCAGCUUAGUUAGGGGCCUCCUUCCUUCUUGCCUUCCCACUUCCUCUCCUGGGGUUUGCACUGGCAGGGAGCAAAGCAGGCAAGUGAGCAAGUACUUGGGUGGAGGUACCAGGGCCUGGCUAGAACUGUGCCACAAGGGCCAUAAGGCCCUUUGGGCUGGCUGCUACCUGCCCACCCUUGCCAGUGCAAGAGCUGCUCAUUACCUCCUCAGGGAUGGCCGUCAGCCAUGUCUUCUUUCUACGUGAGCUUCCCCCACUGCAGCGCCUGUCAUUAGGCAGGGCCUGUACAUGGGUCACCUGCAGGCAGGAAGAGAAGUUCUCGGCCAGAAGUGAAGCCCAGCUGAGCAGAGCCUGCAGCAAGGGCCUAAGAGCUGGUCACUCAUCCCCAUGCUGGGCUCCACCCACUUUUCUACCCUUUCUGUCUUGGCAUCUCUCUUGUCCUGGAAUCUAGAUUUUCAUGUUUUUUAAACAAUAAAGCAUCUACGU